AAAAAAAAAAAAAAAAAAAAAAAUAGGAAUUUCAGGCCUGGUUAAUUGAAGUUAAGAAUGCAAACGUCGAAACACUCCAUAAUAAUAAACGUAAAGAAAUGUUUAUUGAAUUCAUGGAAGAUUAUAACACAGCCACUAUGCCACAUGAAAAGUUUUAUGAUCUUAAUAAGUGGGAAAGACGCCAAGAGUUCAUUAGAAUGGGUGGAGAUCCUAUGGCUACAACCGAUGUUUUUGAUUUUAGAAAAGACGAAGAAAAUCUAAGAAUGCAUCAUCGCCAGAAGGCUAGAGCAGCAGCAGCAUCUCGUCAGCCAGCAUUGCAAUUGUCGGAAGAACAAAUCAAAGAGCUUACUCGAGUUAACAGGGAGCGAGUUGAAGCUGAUCGUAUGCGCAAAAUGGGUUUAAAACCUAAAGAAGGUAUGGGUGUUCGUUAUGAAGAAUAUACUGGUGAAUUUUAAAAAAAAAAAUCAAAAAAUCAGAAAAAAAAGUGUAAUGUCUAUAUUAAAAUGUCAAUAAAUAAAUAAAAGACAGUUGAUAAAAAGGUCCAAGUCAAU